AAUGUCGUCAUGAGCGGUGGGUAGGAAUGAAAAGAUCGGUGUUUCUAUCCCAUUCUGCUUGGUCAAACAUCGUAUUUGCAUGGCGCGGAAAGACGCGGAAUGAGCGGGUGAUUUAAAGGACAAUAUGGCCACCAUCGUCGCCGUCAGUCCCAGUGAAUAUCUUCAGCCUUCCUCCGCCACCACACAGGACAGUCAGCCGUCCCCUCUGGCCCUGCUGGCUGCCACCUGCAGUAAGAUCGGACCUCCCGCGGCUCAAGCCCCCGUCAGCUCCCCGCCAUCGGGGCUGCAGCCUCGCCGCCUCUUGCCCAUCAAGCCGGCGCCAAUCGCGCCCGCCCCCCCGAAAAACCUGAGCUUCCUGCAAGCUAAGGGCAAUGUGAUCCAGCUCCCCUCCGGCCUCGGCGCCACCAACCCCGGCAGCCCCAUCGUGCUCACCAUCCAGCAGAGCCCGGCCCACCCCGGCCCCCAGGCCGCGGGCAACAUCCAGUACCAGGUGAUGCCGCAGAUCCAGGGCGCGCAGACCAUCCAGAUGAUGCCACAGGGGGGCCAGAUCCAGCUCAUACCGGGGACCAACCAGGCGAUCAUCACCACCCCCAUGUCUGUGCCGGCCCCGGCGGCCGCCACCCCCGCCGUCGCCCCCUUCUCAACACAAAAGACUGUCGCGAUCAAGCCCUCGUCCAAGGGGAAGAAGUCGAUCGCCGGUAACGUGGUGCAGCUGCCAGGCGGACUCACGCUGCCCCUCAACGUGGCGACAGGAGAGGUGGGCGGGGCUCAGAUUGUAACCGAGGCGGCGGCGGACCCCCCCGCUGCGGGAAAGGCACGACGGGGGAGGAAGAAGAAAGCGGCGUUGGUGGCUCAAGCUCCGGCGCUUCCUUCGCCUAUGCCGCAGGCUCCUUCCCCGCCCCCGGUCGAUCAGUUGGAGACCAUCCUGAUCGAAGCUGGGGACAACAUCAUUCAGGCGGGGAACAACCUGCUGAUCCUGCAGAGUCCAGGCCAGCCAGCUGUGGUCCAGCAGGUGCAGCUGGUGCCAUCCAAGCAGGACUCUCAGGUGGUCCAGAUCCCCCAGCAGGCUCUCAAGGUGGUCCAAGCUGCCUCUGCCUCGCUGCCACAGGUCCCGCAAAGACAGUCGUCGGCCUCCUCCGGCCUGCAGGUGGCGUCACCAGAGGCCACGCCCACACAGAUCCUGUUUAAGACGGGGGCAGGUGAGUGGCGGUCUGUCCAACUCCAGGAUGCCGCGGUUUCCACGGCGACAACACCCACCACCCCCGCUUUACCAGCCCCUUGCACCAAGAGGGCACAGGCGGGGCCGCGGAGGGAGCGCACUCUGGCGAAGAUUGCGCCCGCGGGAGGGAUGAUGACGCUGAACACGUCGCAAAUGUCCUCGGCGGCCCAGGCGGUGCAGACCAUCAGCAUCAACGGCGUGCAAGUUCAGGGAGUUCCUGUCACCAUCACUAACGCGGGAGGCCAGCAGCACCUGACGGUACAGACCAUGCAGGGCGGGGGUCUCCAGCUGGCGACGGGUCAGUCCACCAUCCACAUGGACCAGACGCUCACGCUGGAGCUCCCCAGUCAUGUGGGCGAGAAGAAGCGACGCAUGGCGUGCACCUGCCCUAACUGCAAAGACCUAGACAAGAGGCCGGGCGACGUGGGCAAGAGGAAGCACAUCUGUCACGUUCCCGGCUGCGAGAAGACCUUCCGCAAGACCUCGCUCCUCCGAGCCCACGUCCGUCUGCACACGGGCGAGCGACCCUUCGUCUGCAGCUGGGUGUUCUGCGGCAAGCGAUUCACGCGCAGCGACGAGCUGCAGCGGCACGCCCGCACACACACAGGAGACAAACGCUUUGAGUGCUCGCAGUGUCAGAAACGCUUCAUGAGGAGCGACCACCUGACAAAGCAUUACAAGACUCACAUAAACACCAAGAACCUGUGAGAAGACUCCAGACAAACUCACUUGUCCCAUAGUGGGACACCCCUGCCCCCCCCCUCCCCCUACAGCCCCCACUGGUAGGAAGAAAAUGUCUGCCAGUGGUUCCAACAUGUGCUCAGCACUGCCUGGACGACCAGGCCACUCGCUUAUUUGUGGACAACAACCCAAGCUCCACUCCAGGUCCCUUCCAUUUCAUCGCGGCAGUCGCAUAGGGAACAAAGUCGCCCACAGGAGCCAUGCCCUCCGCCCGCUUUUUUAAAAGCCGCACCUUCCGGACUUCUUCUGGAGCGACGUGCCGCGUAGCCAGCCUGGCCCAAGUGACCCCGGUCCCAGGCCAGGAUGAGCUGUGCACAUCUUCACCGGGGCCGGAACAGCCAAUCGUGGUUGAAAAGCUGCUACAUCGUCAUGGUAACCGUGUCCAAGACAUGAGAGGGGGUGCCAUUAUUCAAACUUAACGAGUCUCUUUAAGGCAGGGGUGUCUAAAGUGUCUCCACUGAGGGCCGCUCACUUAAAAAAUCUAAUCAUGCGGGGGCCAUUUUGCUAUUUUUCAUGUAUAUAUUGAAUCUUUGCGGACCACACGAUUCGAUUCCUAGGGGUAACGAUUCAAUUCAGGAACGAUUCUCGAUUCAAAAUCAAUACUUUAUUAAUAAAAUUGGGUGCCAGUUCUAUAAUUAACUACAUUCCUCCAUAAAAUAGACAAAUAGCUCUAAUAAAUGUCUAUGUUACUUAAAAGAAAAAUGGUUUUGUUGAAUAAAAUUCCAGCCAAACAUUUAAUAAAAGUCAAAUACAAAUAAGGCAAAAAGAGAAGUAUCCAACACUUCUCCUUUCUAAAGUAAAUGUGUACAGCAGAUAUAGAUCAUCUACAUCAACUAUAUGAUUAAAAAAAUACAAUUCAAAAAAUUUUUUUAAUUAUUAUUUAUUUUAUAUAUAUUUUUUAAUCAAUUAAAAAUUGUUACAAAUAAAAUCGCGGUUAAUUUCAAAAAAAUUUUUUGACAAGCUUACAAUAUAUAGAUUUUUUUUUAACCAUUAUAGCUCUUCUCAAGUUUGGUCCCAAGGAUCUGAAAGGGUCUCAAACAUUUUUUAAAUUAUUUAUUUAUUUGUUUUUAUUCAACGCUUAAAUCUACAUCAACUUUACAUCCAUCUGUCGAUGUAAAGUUUUUUAUUUUUUAUACCCUUUUUGCCAAAACCUGUUUUAAUAUGGCAAAAAAAAACACAAAAUUUGACAUAUUUUACCCCCCCAAAAUUUCAAAGUGUAAUAUUUGAUGUCAUGUAAUUGGAGCCUUAAAUAGGUCAAUAAUUCAUAACAACAUUGAUUUUAAGUCAUUAUUUUUGAGCAUUGAGAGUUUAUAAAAAAAAUUAACUAAAAUUCUCAGGGAUCCAGAAGGGUCCCACUCAUACAAGUGUGAAAAAUAAGUCAUAAUUAUGUAUUUUUACUUUCAACGUUGAAGUCUCUAGCUCAACUUCAGUUCUAUCAGUCGAUAAAAAGUUUAAAAAAAAAAAAAGUUUUUAAUUUUUAUGCUCUAUUUGUCAAAACCUGUUUUUUUAUGGCAAAACACAAAAUAUUCUAUAUUUUCCCCAAAAAGUUUUUUAAAGUGCAAUAUUUGAUGUGAUGUCAUUGGUGCCUUAAAUAGGUCAAUAAUUCAAAACGUUGAUUUCAAUGACAGUUAAAAAAAAAAUCCCACUAAAAUUCUCAGGGACCCAAAAGGGUCCCACUCAUAAAAGUGUUAAAUUAUGUCUUACAAUUUUUUAUUUCUUUUUUACAACUUCAGAUCUAUCCGCCGAUAACAACUUUUUAUUUCAUCUAGUUUGUUGUAUGCCCUUUUUGUCCAAGACAACUUUGUUGUUUACAUGGCAAACACACAAAACAUGCCAUAUUUUCCCCAAAAUAUUUUUCAAAGGGCAAUAUUUGAUAAUUGGAGCCUUAAAUAGGUCAAUAAUACCCAACAUUGAUUUUGAUUAAUUAUUUUUUUUUGAGCAAUGACAGUUAAAAGAAAAAAUCCCACUAAAAUUCUCAGGGACCCAAAAGGGUCCCACUCAUAAAAGUGUUAAAUUAUGUCUUACAAUUUUUUAUUUCAUUUUUACAACUUCAGAUCUAUCCGCCGAUAACAACUUUUUAUUUCAUUUAGUUUGUUUUAUGCCCUUUUUGUCCAAGACAACUUUGUUGUUUACAUGGCAAACACACAAAACAUGCCAUAUUUUCCCCAAAAUAUUUUUCAAAGGGCAAUAUUUGAUAAUUGGAGCCUUAAAUAGGUCAAUAAUACACAACAUUGAUUUUGAUUAAUUAUUAUUUUUUGAGCAAUGACAGUUAAAAAAAAAAAAUCACACUAAAAUUCUCAGGGACCCAAAAGGGUCCCACUCAUAAAAGUGUUAAAUUAUGUCUUACAAUUUUUUAUUUCUUCUUUACAACUUCAGAUCCAUCCGCCGAUAACAAUUUUUUAUUUCAUUUAGUUUGUUUUAUGCACUUUUUGUCCAUUUAUUUCAUUUAGUUUGUUUUAUGCACUUUUUGUCCAAGAAAACCAUUUUGUUUACAUGGCAAACACAUAAAACAUGCCAUAUUUUCCCCAAAAUAUUUUUCUGAGUGCAGUAUUUGAUAAUUGGAGCCUUAAAUAGGUCAAUAAUUCAUAACAACAUUGAUUUUAGGUCAUUAUUUUUGAGCAAUGACAGUUUAUAAAAAAAAAAAUUCUAAAUUCUCAGGGAUACAAAAGGGUCCCACUCAUAAAAAUGAGUCAUAAUUCUGUAUUUUUACCUUUAACGUUGAAGUCUCCAGAUCAACUUCAGUUCUAUCAGUCGAUAACAAGUUUAAAAAAAUAAAAAAAAUAAACAGUUUUUAAUUUUUAUGCUCUCUUUGUCAAAACCUAUUUUCUUUAAUGGAAAAAACACAAAAUAUUCUAUAUUUUCCCCAAAAGUUUUUUAAAGUGUAAUAUUUGAUGUAGUGUAAUUGGAGCCUUAAAUAGGUCAAUAAUUCAUAACAUUGAUUUCAAUGACAGUUAAAAAAAAUCCCACUAAAAUUCUCAUUUAACACUCAUAAAAGUGUUAAAUUAUGUCUUACUAUUUAUUUCUUACAACUUCAGAUCUAUACGCCGAUAACGUUUUAUGCCCUUUUUGUCCAAGAAAACUUUGUUGUUUACAUGACAAACACACAAAACAUGCCAUAUUUUAGCCCAAAUAUUUUUCAAAGUGCAAUAUUUGAUGUGAAGUCAUCGGAGCCUUAAAUAGGUGAACAAUCCAUAACAACAUUGAUUCUGAUUCAUUAUUAUUUUUGGAGCAAUGACCGUUUUAAAGUCAUUGCCUUCACCUUUUUGCCCUUUUAUUCCACUUUGUUUUUUUUUUUUCCAAAGAGCAUUUCUAGAAUGAGCCACGGGGCGUUAUGAAAUUAGCGGCGGGCCGCACUUUGGACACACUGCUUUAAAGGAAUCAUUUAGUUGGAGGAACAUAAUAUAGCGCGGAACAAAGAUUGGGGGCGAAGGAAGCCCUCCCUGGAUGAACUAAUCCUGUAUGGCGGACAUGUUUGUUGUUUAUGUUGGACGUGGCCAGUAUUGUACAUUGACAUCCAACCACCGCUUCACAAUGGUGUAUAUUCCCAAGACCUGUUCUUCCCAGUGACGACAUCAUUGUUGUGACAAUCACAGUAACAAAGCGUGAGGGGGGCGUGGUCACUUGCUAUGUGAUAGCUCGAAGGCCACACCCACUUCACCUUCCCCGUGACGGGCUCAACUAGGCGAGGCGGGGGCCUGCUCGUGUUUCUGUCUGUGCACUUCCUGUCGUCGUCGUUGGCCUGCGGGGAGAGGACAUUGUACGCUAUGUGACGUGACUUUGUACGGCUUCAUUCCUGCUCUGGAUGCUUCUCCAGGACACGGGAGACGCCUUAGACCCUCUAUUUAAAUGUUUGUGUUAAUUUAUACAUGCUGACGUCAUGUGCACUGAUUCAAACACCACAAUGUGUGCAUUGAUUAUCCUAAGAAGUAAAUGUCGAUGAAUUUCCCCUCCAAACGAAACGUUUUUGUUGCUCUUGAGUCAAAUGCUUCUCCCGCUGCCAACUGCUGUGCGUUUCAGCAGAACCCAAGACCAGCAGUUCCUUUUCUACACUGUACAAGGUGCUCCUUUUCUACAAGCAGCCCACAAAUAAACAACUCA